AUUUAAUUUCGUACUUCAGUCACCACAAUGUUCAUCUGUCAGCUGUUCAAAAGUACACUGACCGCUGACAAAUAAAUAUCUCCAGUUAACAAUCUAAUGACUAACUUGAUUUAUUUUGUAUAAUGCAUUUUAUUGAACCGGAACGGUCAAUAGUUAUCAUAUUUUAAUUAAAAGAGUCUAAAGAAAAAUAUAUUAGUUUACAGUUAUCUAGUAUUUUUGAGGGGACAGUAUUUCUCCAGAAUGAGCUUCCUGUUUGGGAGCAGAUCCUCGAAAACAUUUAAACCAAAGAAGAACAUACCAGAAGGAACUCAUCAGUAUGACCUUAUGAAGCAUGCUGCUGCUACAUUAGGAUCAGGGAAUCUGAGAUUAGCUGUUUUACUCCCAGAAGGAGAAGACCUUAAUGAAUGGGUGGCUGUCAACACUGUCGAUUUUUUCAAUCAAAUCAACAUGCUGUAUGGAACUGUCACUGAAUUUUGUACUGAGGAUAGUUGCCCCAUCAUGUCGGCUGGACCCAAGUAUGAGUAUCAUUGGGCAGAUGGACAUACUGUUAAAAAACCAAUUAAAUGUUCAGCCCCAAAAUAUAUCGAUUAUUUGAUGACAUGGGUCCAAGAUCAGCUAGAUGACGAAACACUAUUUCCAUCUAAAAUAGGGGUUCCGUUUCCCAAAAAUUUUCAGUCCAUCGCCAAGACAAUACUUAAAAGGCUGUUUAGAGUUUAUGCACAUAUUUAUCAUCAACACUUCUCAGAAGUAGUACAACUCGGCGAAGAAGCACAUUUAAAUACUUCGUUCAAGCAUUUUAUCUUUUUUGUACAGGAAUUCAGUUUGAUUGACAGAAGAGAACUUGCACCAUUACAAGAACUCAUUGAAAAACUAACUGCUAAAGAUGGUCGAUAAGCCUAUAAUUUAUUGUUAUUCGUUCCUUAGGUUAAAAAGUAUUUAAACUGUAGUUUUGCCAAGGAAAAGCAGUUCCUACGGCGUUGUUAAAUUUUAAAUAUCAAGUCUCUGGGAGUUGACUUUUAAGCAACUAUCGGAGAAUGAAGUAAGAAUUGUGGAACAUCUAAUUAGCUGAACUCAAUAUAAACCAAAAGCAGCGUUUUUUAAAAACUAUUCACCAGAGUUCCCUAAAAUGAGAUUCAUCGUCUAGAAAUAAGUCGUAAUCAUCUUUAUAAUUGUUGAUAAAAAAUUUCAAACAUCCUUUAGACAGAGGCAUAUUGAUUCUUUCUGGCUAGCCUUCUCCGUUUGACCAACAGUUUCGGAAGGCCAGAUUGGUACAUUAUCCAAUGUUUUAGCCCGAUAACGAGGCCCCAGUUUAGCAGAGUUGACUGUACUUUAGAAUUGAAUAAAGAAAUAUUUAUGAAAGGCCGUUUCUGAACUCAAUUAUGUUUUGCAAAAAAAUAUUUCAUCUUUAUACUCAACGUAAUGAAGUAUACAGAAGAGAUAUUAAUAAUUGGCACAUUUAUUUAAAAAGUUAAUAUUAAUGUUAAAUUAAAAAUAUUUAAGUUUUGAUCAAAAACAUUAAUUUUAAAAACAUAUCUUGUUUAAUACAAAAAUAUUGGUAAAAUCUAACAUUUAAUAAUUAUAUUUUGCCAAAGAUGCCUAUACCAAAUUUUAUUGUAGUCUGCUAAACUAACUUUCACAUCUUGAAGCUCUGAUUGAUUCUUUCUGUUUGUUAGUACAUUCAAUGUAAAGAAGAAUCAAUUGUACAAUGUUUUUAGUUUUAAAAUGAGCAAUCCACAUUUUAUUUAAUUAAUUCGCUUUUUACAAGUAGAUAGAAGUUAAUAUAUAAUUCUUUUCCAUGCGAAUUUUCUUUAAAAGCACAACAUUCAUGAGUUAUUUACUCUAAUUGACUUAUAAAUUAGUAAGUAAUUACUAUUUGACAUUGUGAUUAUAUGGUUAAAAUGUUUUUGUAAUUUGAUGUUGCUAACUAUGCAGCACAGACUAACUCAGUAUAAGUUUUGCUUCUUUUCCUUCCUAAUUUGUUCUUUAGAAAUCCUUUCAAUAUCAUUUGUAUUCUUACCUCAUAAGAUUAUCAUUUAAAUUAUACUAAUAACUCGAUCUCAAAUACACUUUUAUUUAUUAUUAUGUUCAUAGAAAAACUAUAAGUUUUAUUUAAGAAUAUUGCAAUUAUUUAAAAUAUAUUUUAUAUAAAAAUUAAUGUUUCUCACAAUCCUGUAAUUGCAUUUUGUUUGUUUAAGUUAUUUUAUAUAAAUAUAUAUUAAAUUCUAAAUGUUAAAAUGUG